AUGACACGGAGCUCGUCGAAGAUAAGUCAUCAAAUCAGUGGUGAGUACUUCAUUAUUAGUUUAAAUGACCCAAAUACAUUGAAUUCCAUGACUGGGGAAGAUUACGUCUACCUGGCCACUUUACUACAAGAGGCAGAUCGUAACGAUGCAAUUUACUUUACGGUUCUGCAAAGUAGUGGACGAUUUUUUUCCUCGGGGGCGAACGUGUCGAAUAUCGGAAAAGCCCAAAAGUCCGAGAGCGCCUCUGGCGAAACAGGGAAAUGGUUAUCUGAAUUUGUUAGUCGUAAUCUAUUCGUGACACAGAUAUUUUCAAAUCAUCGCAAGCUCUUGAUAUGCUGUCUUAAUGGGCCUGCGGUGGGCCUUUCAGCAACAAUUGUCAUGCUAUGUGAUAUUGUAUACUCAAUGAAUGAUUCCGUCUAUCUCUUGUUUCCAUUUACCACUCUGGGACUGGUAAGCGAGGGCGCAUUGUCCGUCACAUUGCCUUUGAAGCUGGGCUACAAUGUUGCAAAUGAAAUUCUGACGUUUGGCAAACCCGUCACCUUCGAGAACAUGAUUGGCAAAGUUAUCAUAAAAAAUUACAAUAUGAAGGACACCAACGAAUUUAACAAAAAGGUGGUCGAGGAUUUGCGAGAACGAACACAACAUCUGUAUAAAGACAGCAUCAUUGGGAUUAAAAAGCUGUUGAAAAGGCCAUUUGAAAGUGAAUUGAAACGUGCAAACGUUGACGAAGUUAGCGACGCAUUGGACUUUUGGGUCAAAGGUAUCCCUCAAGAAAAAUUCAAACAAUUGAGUAAGAAAGAAAGAAGACACAAGAUGUAA